GCGGGGGGGUGGGGAUUCGCGUCGCGGAAAUCGCUGCGCCGCGCCUCGGGUGGGUUUGUGGAGGGCCUCGCGCCAUUGCAUCGGGGGGUCGUGGCCCGCCGUGGAAGAGCCGCUUGACGCCGUCGUCGGAGGAAGGUCGGUCCGAACUGGGCGGCAGGAGGAAUCGGGGCGCGUCCGCGGGCGCCCAGAUCGGGGGUUCCAGCUGGCUCCCCCCGGCGCCAUGGCCGCUGACUCCAGCAUGGGGUUCCACCAGGGGAUCACCGCCGCCGCCUCGGUCUACAACCACCACCACCACCACCACCACCACCAACACCACAACAACAACAUGCUGUCCUUCCAGUCGUCCAGCAGCGACGUCACCAUGGGCGGCGGCGGCGGUGCCGGGAUGGGGCUCGUCAGCAUGAGCGGCGGGCCGAGCAGCACCGCCGGCCUGUACCACUCUUCACCAAACAACCACAGCAGCAGCAACAGCAACAACGGCGUGUUCGGCAACGUGCCGGUGGUCCUCCAGUCGAGGAGCUCGCCGGGGGGCGGCGCGUCCCGUGGCGGCGGCGGCACCACCGCGUCCAAGUACAAGUUCGUCACCGGCUCGCCUUCCGAGUGGAGCGACCGCGAGCUGAAUAUACUCAACGAAGGGCUCACGAGAUAUGCUCGUGAACCUAAUAUCAUGAGGUACAUCAAGAUAGCCGCUAUGCUGCCCAACAGAACCAUCAGGGAUGUUGCAUUGCGAUGCUGGUGGGCUGCAGGUAAAGAUAGAAGGAAGAAACCAGAAGGUUUUUUUACAGGGAAAAAGAUGGGAGAUAUGAAGCCAAUGCAGGACAAAAUGUUUGCAUCUGCCGCCCCUAUGGCUAAUUUUCACAUGGCACCUACAAACAACUUGACCCCUUUCUCAAUAUCGAUGCAAAAUCCAAACCAGCAGUGUCAAGUUCCCAAGGAAGUUAGUACAAGCAUCAUCUGGAAGCAACCUUGCGAUGCCUUCACUUGUGCAACCCAGCAGCUCCUGGAGGAAAACAAUCAAUUGCUUAACCAGAUUGCUGCAAAUAUUGAAACAUUCAAGACGGGGGAGAGCAUGGAUCUCUUUCUUCGGACAAAUAGCAACAUCAAAACAAUUUUAAGCAGAAUGAGCGAGACACCUGGUAUCAUGGGUCAGAUGCCUCCUCUGCCAGAUCUUGCACAUGAGGACAAGCUUAAUUCACUUCUUCAAGUUGAUAGAAUGGUCCAAUCUUAUGGCGCAGCACACAGCUCACAUAUGAAGGAAGAGCCUCGAAGCUAAUGCGUGGCAUGCACCGAAAUUGGAAAGGCCACCAGAUAGAUGAUGGCCUUCAGCUUCUUUCCUUCGGUUCCAUAGUGGUGCUGCUAGGAAUCCCUACAUGCUGUUAUACUGACGGAGCACCAUGAACAGUUGCCGUACAUCCUUGAGAUAAUUCCCCACCCUUCCAGCUGAAGCUCGGGAACGGAUUAUGCAGUUUUGCGGGGCAUGCGAGCGGGGGAUACUUGAUUCGGGACUAGAGCGAAGUGACUGUAAAUAUUGGAUCGUCGAAGGCAUUUCCGUGUUUUGUUUUCCUUCCCCAAUUGGUCGUGAAUGCAUUUUUCGAAAGGGCUACUGCACCGUGCAUUUGCAUUUUUCACUUGUUCCAGUUUGUACCCUGUACAGUAAUGAGGCUUGCUCCCCUGAUACAUGCUGCGCCGUGUUGGUAAAAGCAAAGCAGCGAGCGGCGUUCCAUUUCAA